GACUUCGUUCGGCUGCGUCAGCCCCGCGUUUCGGUCGAACAUCACAAGAGGCUCAUGGAGGUGGUCACGUCUGGAUGGCCCCCGCCAGUCCUGGAAAGUCUAGACGGUCUCAAGGAACAGUCAGCAAAAGUGCGGGCGGCCUAUGCCUUUGCGGCACGGGGGGAGGAGGAUGACCUCAUUGAGCUCUUCCGCGCCCUGACCA